AUGGCGCUGGGGAGCCCGACCGCGGUGGUGCUGGAGCUGAUGACGAUGGGGUACCAGUCGGCGGCUUACCUCGGGGAGCUGCUCCGGGCUGCGUCCCCGACGCCGGCGAGCGAACAGCAGGAGCUCGCCGCGGAGAUCCUCCGCUGCUGCGACCGCGUCAUCGCCCGGCUGAGCGCGGGAGCCAACGGCGGCAGGAGCAAGAAGAGGAAGGCGGUGGAGCCGGCGGCGCUCGGUGUUGCGGCCGGAACCUCCUCCUCCCCUGACCCCGUCACGCCGACCAAACGGAGGGCGCGCGGCGCGGAGGCGGUGAGGGAGAUCACGAGCGGCACGACGGCGGACGGGUUCAUCUGGAGGAAGUACGGGCAGAAGGAGAUCAAUGGGUGCAGGCACCCGAGGCUCUACUACCGCUGCGCGUUCAGGGCUCAGGGCUGCGCCGCGACGCGGCGGGUGCAGCAGUCGCAGGAGGAGCCGGCGGCGUUCGUGAUCGCCUACUACGGCGAGCACACCUGCGGGGGCGACGCCGCCGCCGCCGCGUGGCAGGAACGGGAAAUGCCACCGGCCGUCAUCAACUCCGGCGCAUCGAACACCUCAGCCGCCGCCGCCGCAGACAGGAACAUGGGCUGGCGUACGCCGGCGUUGCUCGGCGUCGAGCAGAGGAGCUGCGGCGGCGACGCUCCCAGCGAGACGUCGCAGGGGUGGUCGCCAUCCUUCUCGUCGGAGGUGGAGCUGGACGUGGCGGGGUUCGACCUCGAUGUCGCCGGAGCCGAGGCCUACUCUUCGCCGGUGUGGGAGUUCUUGAAUGGCAGUUUCGACUGGGAAUCCGUCAUCAACUCCCUCUGAUUUACAUGCUUCGUCAGUAGAGCAUACCAGCUGCCCCCAGUGUGCAGUACACGUUGCACAAACGCAUAAUUUCGCGGGAACCAACGAAUUCCCCGGGUCUUAAGAAGAGGAUUAGUUUUAAGAGCUUCCGUAGUUCGGUCAGAUAAUCGCACGCGAUAUUUGAAUUCGGAGAGGUAGUUAGAUUGACAACAUAUUAGGUGAGAGUUAAUAUGAGACAAUAUGUAAUGAAGAGUUGAGCAUGUUGACUUCUCAGGAAAAACAUAUGUUACUUGCAAAAGAGAAAACUAGGUUGAAAAAGGAGAAAAUUAGGUUGAAAAGGAGAAAGAAAUGGCGUAAAUGUGCAACAGAGAAGGUGAUCACAGAGAAUUGCUAGGUGAACACAAGACGAGAAGCAGGUGAUCACAAAGAAAAUUGCAACCUGCAACUGUUCUCAGACCAAAAAAAAAAAACGGCCAAAAGAACCCAAGACGUGAGCAUGACACAUAUCUGACGGCAUAUCAUGACAGUAACAAAAGACUGGCGACCAUAUGUCCAGCGUUGACUGAAUUAAUUCAUCCCAGGCAGCUAAAUGCUCCCUUCGUCCCAAAAUCAACUUAUUUUGGGACACGGGGAGUACC